AUGGCACAAGCACCUGUUAGGAACAUAGACUCCACUAACGUGGAACAAGAUGUGGCAGCUAGUUCUUGGGUGCAGAAGACAAGGAGGUGCUAUAAAAAGUGGUUCUUGCAGUCAAAAUUUUUAACACUCAAGACAUUUUGCCAUGGAAAACUUCCUUCUGAACAGUGCCCCAGCGAGUGGAUAGGUUACAAAAAGAAAUGUUAUUUCAUCUCAGAGGAGGAAAAAAACUGGACAUCUAGUAAGACCUUCUGCACUUCGAGUGGAUUCUUGCUAGCCAUUUUUGAAAACCAGGAAGAAAUGCAUUCUUUAGCUAAGCGUUUGAAAAUAGAUGACUCCUGGAUUGGAUUGCGCAAGAGAGGUGAAAGCUUCUACUGGGAGGAUGGUAGUCCCCUGCAGAACUCGUUUCAGAUACGGAAUCACUCUGAAUGUGCCUACUUGGAUGCCUUCACUAUUUCUACGUCAGCAUGCUCUUUGCCCAGGCGCUGGAUCUGUAUCCAUCUUCCCUAA